AUAAAAUAUCAAACCACCAAAGAAAAAAAAUCAUUAAAAGUAAUGGGUCAGUCGCUUAAAUGCGGAAAGCUGAAAUGUCUGACGUCAUUCUGCGGUAGAGCAGGUACAGUAUUUGAAAUAGAUCAGUCGCUUCAAUGCGGAAUAAAAUGGCUGAUUCUAUUCUGCGGUAGAGCAGGAAGUUUAUUUUUUGGAAAUAGAUCAGACGCUUUAAUGCGGCAGAGAAAGAUAGACUGAUUCUAUUGUGAGGUGGAACACGAAGAUUUUUUUUCGGAUGCAGAUCAGACGCUACAAUGCGGUAGAAAAAGACCGAUUCUAUUCUGUAUUAGAGCUGGAAAAAAAGCGGAUGGAAAAAGGAGAAGAAUGAUACAGACGUUACGAACCGGUUGAAAAAAAAAAAAACAAGAAAAAAUAUUGUCGGAGUGAAAAUUGGUGACCAUUAUUAGAAGAACGCAAUAUCGAGAGCUGUCACUGAAGUGAGUAUGCAUUAUUAGAUGAACGCAAUAUUGGGAACUGUCACUGAACUCAGAGUGCAUUAUUAGUUGAACACAAUUUGUUUUGAAAAGUGUUUGAAUCGCGGUUUACAAAAUACAAAUUGCUAGUUCCCUAGAAAACUAAAAUUAAAUCGUGAAACGCGUUUGAAUUUGUAAAUUUUUCGUCGUUCAGGUGACAGCGUUGAAUGUGAUUAAUUGAAUAUUAUGGUGUAAGUUAAAUGAAAAUAUACAAGGGAGUUAAUGCAGCCAAAUUUGAGAUCUUUCAUUUUGCUCGAGGCAUCGAAGAAGCGUUCUAAUGGGUGACUUUCUUGUUGUUGCAGAUGUGAUUCGAACGCUGGGUUUGCAGAUGCAAGCAUUCGAAUACGCAUCGCAUACUGACGACGUCGGAAUCGAGUGGUGUAAAUGGCUGAGGUCAUUUGAAACAAUGAUCCGGGCGAGCAGAAUAACUGAUGAUGACUGGAAGCGGGAUUUGUUGCUGCAUUAUGCCGGGCCAAGCGUACAGCAGCUGUUCGAGACGUUGCCUGAUUUGCCGGAUAGUGACAUGCGAGGGCCGCUUGUAAAUAUUGAGCAAUAUACGCCGAACAUGACGAGUUAUGAAGAGGCCACAUCGAAAUUGAAUGCGUUUUUCCUCCCGAAAGAGAACGCGACGUACGAAAGACACCUGCUUCGUCAAAUGAAGCAAAAAGCUGGUGAGUCUAUCGAUGCUUUCACGGUCAGGCUACGAAUCCAAGCGGAAAGAUGCGGGUUCGGCGAGAAGGUUGAAGAAAACGUGAAGGACCAAAUAAUUCAAACUUGCCAAUCGACCAACUUGCGGAGAGAAUUGCUGAAGCGGGGCGAUGCGACUCUAGAGGAAGUGCUGCAGGUUGCGAAGAUUUUUGAAACUGUGGCGCAACAGGAGAAGUCCUUCAGCGGCAUUGAACAGAAGCCUCCCGCUAGUGAAGUGAACAAAAUUGAAGUAAACACAUUCGCCAAAAGGAAUCGUUUUGCCGAACCAAUGCGUGUGGAGUGUCACCGGUGUGGAUAUUUUGGACACAUGGCAAGAGACGACAAGUGCCCAGCAAGAGGAAAAUCCUGCAAUAAGUGUGGCGGCCGUGAUCACUUUGCAAAGAAGUGUCGUAAACGUAAGUACCCGGCGGAAUCGAGUGCAAAGCGUGAUCUUGGUCGACAAGAAAGGAUUGACAACGAUUCCCGUAAGCCUGGAAGCAAAGAUUUAAGCACCGUCAAGCAUAUUGUCGAAGCAGAGACGGAAUACGUAUUCAACGUUACGACACCUGACGGUAAUGGUGAAUUGCAAUGUGUAAUUGGCGGUGUAUUGACAUCAGUAGUAAUUGAUUCCGGAUCGAAGUACAAUUUACUGAGUGAAUCAGUUUGGGCAUCGUUGAAAUCAAGGAAAGUGAUGGUCUCCGGGCAAACAAAAGAGGUGUCAAAGGUAUUCAAGGCCUAUGGCGGCAACGAGUUACCAGUUAUCGGUGCAUUUACAGCGAUCGUACAACUCGGUGAUCACAGCAGGCCGGCUGAAUUUUACGUUGUGCAGGGGAGCGGAAAGAUUUUGAUUGGUCGAGAUACUGCUACAGAGAUGGGAGUCUUGAAGAUUAGCACAUCUGUCAACAAGGUUGAUGCGGGACCACCAGCAACUGCUGAAAAUCAACCAUCCACUACAGUUGAACGUCCAUCAAACAUCAACGAACCACCGUCAUCUCAUCUGGGUACCAUCAAAGAUAUGAUUGUUGAUAUCCCAAUCAAUCCAGAGGUCACGCCGGUUAUUCAGCCGUACCGGCGCAUACCAGUGGCACUAGAAAACCUGGUUGAUCGAAAAAUUGAUGAGCUGUUGGCCCAAGGCGUCAUCGAGAAGGUUAACGAACCAUCUAAAUGGGUGUCUCCGAUGGUCGUGGUGCCCAAAGGUGACGACGUACGCAUAUGUGUCGAUAUGCGUCGGGCCAAUGAGGCUGUUGCGAGGGAGAACCAUCCAUUACCAACCAUUGAAGAUUUUUUGCCACACCUGGCAAAAGCGAAAGUGUUUUCCAGACUGGAUGUCAAGAACGCAUUCCACCAGGUCGAAAUAUCGCAGAAGUCCCGAGAGAUAACAACUUUUAUCACGCGUCGAGGGCUGUACAGAUACACCAGGUUGAUGUUUGGAAUCAACUGCGCCCCUGAGUUGUUCCAGAAAAUUAUGGAACAGAUUCUAUGUGGGUGCGAAGGCUGCGUUAAUUUCAUUGACGACGUUAUAGUGUUCGGGGCAGACCAAGAGGAACACGAUGCACGGUUGCAAAUGGUUCUUCGUAGGAUGAGUGAUAUGAACGUUUUGCUGAAUAAUAGCAAAUGCGUUUACGGUGUAACCGAGCUUAAAUUUUUGGGACAUUUUUUGUCAGACAACGGAAUUACACCGGACUCUGACAAAUUGGAGUCGAUUAAAAAUUUUCGUGAGCCAAAAACUGCCGAGGAAACCAGAAGUUUUUUGGGCCUAGUAAAUUACGUUGGGAAAUUCAUCCCAAACCUGGCCACCCUAACGGAGCCUCUUCGACAGUUAACUAGACAUCAGAGCAAAUUCGUAUGGAAUCGAGAACAUCAAACAGCAUUCGAAGAACUCAAGCGGCAUUUGAUGAAUCCGUGCACGUUGGGCUACUUUGAUGGGGAUGAUCGUACACAGCUGAUUGCGGAUGCUAGCCCUGUUGGGUUAGGGGCCGUGCUUAUUCAAAUCAACGACAAAGGUCCCAGAAUAAUUUCGUAUGCGAGUAGGAGUUUGACGGAUGUAGAGAAACGGUAUGCACAGAUAGAAAAGGAAGCGUUAGCGCUUGUCUGGGCCGUUGAACGGUUCCAUUAUUAUCUGUUCGGUCGUUCUUUUGAUUUGAUUACCGACCACAAACCUUUGGAGGCAAUUUUUGGGCCGAAAUCGAAACCAUGUGCGCGGAUAGAAAGGUGGGUGGUUCGAUUGCUGACAUACAAGGGAAGAGUCAUCUACCGCCCCGGAAAAUCGAACAUUGCGGAUCCUCUAUCGCGACUGGCAGUUACCUCAGAGCAGAGCGGAAAGCCAUUCGAAGAAUAUACGGAACAUUACGUGAAUUGGGUUGCGAUUAACGCUGCUCCAGUCGCGCUGAAGUUGACGGAAAUUGAACAGGAAUCUGAACGUGAUGAAGCAAUUAAAGCAGUCGGAAUUGGUUUGCAACAGGGAGAAUGGUGUGAAGCUGCUACUCCGUUCAAGCUUUUCUGUUCUGAGCUAUGCUUUGCUGGGAAAAUUUUGCUCCGUGGAACUAGAAUGGUCAUCCCUGAGAACCUGAGAGCGCGGACCCUAGAUUUGGCUCACGAGGGCCACCCGGGAAUGACGAUAAUGAAACAGCGACUGCGUGCUAAGGUGUGGUGGCCAAAAUUGGACACUCAAGUCGAGAAGUAUGUCAAAGGCUGUCGUGGAUGCGCAUUAGUGGCAGCGCCUGCACCACCAGAGCCUAUGAAGCGAAAAGAGUUACCAUCGCAACCUUGGCAACAUGUUGCUAUCGAUUUUCUUGGGCCACUCCCAUCCGGACAUUAUCUGUUCGUGGUAGUCGACUACUUCAGUCGAUAUAUCGAAGUUGAAAUAAUGAAGAAAACAGACUCCACUGAAACAAUUAAGCGCUUGUCGACAAUUUUCGCUCGAUUCGGACUUCCGGUUACAGUUACUGCUGAUAAUGGCCCGCAAUUUACCAGCGAGGAGUUUCGGAACUAUUGUGAAUCUAGUAACAUCAAGUUGAUAAGCACUACGCCCUAUUGGCCGCAGCAAAACGGCGAGGUGGAGCGGCAAAAUAGGUCGAUAUUGAAGAGACUCUCCAUCAGUCAAGCCACAAACACAGACUGGGUAAGUGAACUUAACAAAUAUUUGCUCAUGUACAGAUCCUCCCCACACUCGACGACGGGAAAAACUCCAUCGGAGAUGCUGUUUGGCUACAAUAUUCGCGAUAAGGUUCCUUCUAUUAACCAGCCAAAAGAAAUCGACGAAGAAACGGCCGACAGGGACAGAGAAAAAAAGGAGAAGGGAAAACUAUAUGCCGAUGAACGACGAAAUGCCAAACCAAACUCUAUCACAGAAGGCGACAAGGUACUUGUCAAACGGAUGACGAAACCUAACAAAUUAGCUACGACGUUCGAGCCCGUGGUCUAUGAUGUCAUCAAAAGGAAAGGAGGAGAUGUAGUAGUGGCAUCAGAAGACACGGGUACAGCAUAUCGGAGACAUGUUUCUCAUUUGCAACGAGUUAUUGGUGAAGGCGAGCCUGGAGGUACGUGCGUCAACCCGUCGAAUCUUCAAGGGAGCGGAGCUACAAAACGAAGUGCUGUUGAUUUACCCGAAACAGAAUCCAGAUCAAAACGACCAACGCGGCAACCAGGAUAUUUGCGAGACUAUGUGUAAAGUUUGAUUUUGAUUAACAAGUUAAAAUAUAAUAAAAAGAGAAAAGUGAUGUAGUAUCGUAACGCUUAUAUGUAACCCCUAUUUAAUGUUUGCCGGUUUUGAUGUCUAACUCUAAGAGCUGUGGCAGUACAAGAAUAGACGAAUAAAGAGCAGAAGUGUUUGAGAGACCGAAUGA